AUGCCACCACCGGGCCGGAUUCUGCCGUGGCUCACUGUGCUUCUGGGCUUCAUCCGUGCCUCGCCUGAGUCCACAAUGCCGAACAACUUGACUACAGAGACACAGAAUGUUCUCCUGAUCAUCGUGGAUGACCUGCGUUCGUCCCUUGGCUGUUACUGGGACAAGUUGAUCCGGUCCCCAAACAUUGACCAGCUGGCAUCCCACAGCCUCCUUUUCCAGAAUGCCUUUGCUCAGCAAGCAGUGUGUGCUCCAAGCCGCUUGUCCUUUCUUACCGGGAGGCGACCUGACACAACCCGCCUCUAUGACUUCAGCUCCUACUGGAGGGCGCACGCUGGGAACUUCUCCACGCUCCCCCAGUACUUCAAGGAGAACGGCUAUGCGACCAUGUCCGUGGGCAAAGUGUUUCAUCCCGGAAUAUCUUCAAACCAUAGUGAUGACUCUCAGUAUAACUGGUCAAUCCCACCAUAUCACCCCUCCUCUGAAAAGUAUGAGAACACCAAGACAUGCAGGGGACCGGACGGAGGGCUCCAUGCCAACCUGCUUUGCCCUGUGGAUGUGGCCGACAUGCCCGAGGGAACCUUGCCUGACAAACAGAGCACCAAGCAAGCCAUCCGCUUGCUGCAGAAGAUGAAGACGUCGGCCAGUCCUUUCUUCCUGGCUGUUGGGUACCAUAAGCCACACAUCCCUUUCAGAUACCCCAAGGAAUUUCAGAAGCUGUACCCCUUGGACAGCAUCACCUUGGCUCCCGACCCUCAGGUCCUGGCCGGCCUCCCACCUGUGGUCUACAACCCCUGGAUAGACAUCAGGGAGCGAGAGGAUGUGCAGGCCUUGAAUCUCAUUGUGCCCUAUGGCCCAAUUCCCGAGCACUUUCAGAAGAAAAUUCGCCAAAGCUACUUUGCUGUUUCCUAUUUGGACACCCAGGUUGGUCAGUUUCUGAGCACACUGGAUCAUCUUCAGCUGACCAACCGCACAAUCAUCGUGUUUACCUCAGAUCAUGGGUGGUAAACAUGGCGAAUGGGCCAAAUACAGCAAUUCUGACGUGACUACUUGAGUUCCUCUGAUGUUCUACGUGCCCGGAAGGACAGCUCCACUUCCAGAGUCAGAACAGAAGCUUUUCCCUUAUAUCAACCCUUUUGAUUCUGCCCCAGGAUUGAUGGAGACAGGUCGGCAAACUGAGGACCUGGUGGAACUUGUCUCUCUCUUCGCCAUGCUCGUGGGUCUUGCAGGACUACAGGUUCCCCCUCGCUGCCCCAUUCCCUCAUUUCAUGUCGCACUGUGCAGAGAAGACCAGACUCUGCUGGGUCAUUUUCGGUCCCGUGACUUAGAAGAGGAUCCCUCCCUGCGUGGGAAUCCUCGAGAGUCCAUCGCCUAUAGCCAGUACCCCCGGCCUGAAGAUUUUCCUAAGUGGAAUUCUGACAAGCCCAACUUAAAAGAUAUCAAAGUCAUGGGCUAUUCCAUACGCACAGUAGAUUAUCGUUAUACUGUGUGGGUUAGCUUGAUCCCCAGGACUCCCUGGCUAAAUUCUCUGACGUCCAUGCAGGGGAACUGUAUUUUGUAGACUCUGACCCUCUGCA